AUGAGUGGACAAGCCGGUAACCUCGACCUCGAGAGCCUGAACGAGCAAAUAUCCGAGCUUCUCGACGCAUUCGAAGCCCACCCCCAAAUGCAACCCCCAGCAACACAUCCCACCGUCUUCUUCCUGAUGGACUUUGUCCGCAAUACACAAAAAGAGCUAAAGCGAGUCGACGCCCAGAAAUACGCAGCCGGCGACCAAGCCGCGCGCGAACAAGUGCAGGAAGUCAUAGGACGGAACCAGUUCGCCUGCAUGCUUCUUAACGACUCGUCUGGCAGGCUGUCGCUCAUGACGGGCAGUGACCCGAACAAUCCCGUUGACUUUGGCGCAGAUGUCAAGGCUAAGGCACGGGCUUUGACGGAGGGUUAA